AUGAAACUUAAGCAUGGUAUUAGAUCAAUAGGUGAAGCGGGAAAUCAUGUUUUCAACUAUAAUCGGCAGAUUAUUCAUCUUGGGAAAUUGGGAAAAGUUGAAGAUGCCCGCAGAAUCUUCUCUAACAUGACCCACAAAAACCUUGUAACAUAUAAUUCCAUGAUAUCCGUGUUAGCAAAAAAUGCUAGAAUCAGUGACGCUAGACAAUUUUUUGAUAAAAUGUCCAUAAAAAACCUUGUUUCUUGGAAUUCCAUGAUUGCCGGGUAUCUUCACAACGACAUGGUUGAAGAAGCCAGUGAGUUGUUUGAUGCAAUGCCUGAAAGAGAUAAUUUUUCAUGGGCUUUAAUGAUAACAUGCUAUACACGUAAAGGGAAGCUUGAAAAGGCUAGAGAAUCGCUUGAGUUGGUUCCUGAUAAGUUGGACACUGCAUGUUGGAAUGCAAUGAUAGCUGGUUAUGCAAAGAAGGGUCAGUUCAAUGAUGCUGAGAAAGUGUUUGAGCAGAUGCCGGCAAAGGAUUUGGUUUCUUACAACUCAAUGUUGGCUGGGUAUACUCAAAAUGGGAAAAUGCAUUUAGCAUUACAAUUUUUUGAGAAGAUGGCUAUGAGGAAUGUGGUUUCGUGGAAUUUGAUGGUGGCUGGAUAUGUUAACAGUGGUGACCUGAGUUCUGCUUGGCAAUUGUUUGAAAAUAUUCCAAAUCCUAAUGUUGUUUCUUGGGUUACAAUGUUGUGUGGGUUUGCACGAUACGGAAAGAUUGUAGAGGCCAGGGAACUUUUUGACAGGAUUCCCAGAAAGAAUUUGGUUUCUUGGAAUGCAAUGAUUGCAGCCUAUGUCCAAGAGUUACAAAUUGAUGAAGCUGUUAAGCUGUUCAUGAAAAUGCCGCAUAAAGAUAGAGUCUCAUGGACUACAUUAAUUAAUGGGUACAUUCGAGUUGGUAAGCUUGAUGAAGCACAGGAAGUUUACAAUCAAAUGCCUUGCAAAGACAUUGCAGCAAAAACAACAUUGAUGUCUGGAUUAAUACAAAAUGGAAGGAUAGAUGAGGCUAAUAAAAUGUUUAGUCAAAUUCGUGCACGUGAUGUUAUUUGUUGGAACAACAUGAUUGCAGGCUAUUCCCAGAGUGGAAGAAUGGAUGAAGCUCUCAAUUUAUUUAGACAAAUGCCCAUUAAGAAUGUUGUUUCAUGGAAUACUAUGAUUUCUGGAUAUGCUCAAGCAAAACAAAUGGAUAGAGCAACAAAGAUCUUUCAGGCCAUGAGGGAGAAGAAUUUAGUUUCCUGGAAUUCUCUUAUUUCAGGUUUCCUACAAAAUUAUCUAUACUCAGAUGCUCUUAAGAGCGUGGUUAUGAUGGGGCAGGAUGGAAAGAAACCCGAUCAAUCAACUUUUGCAUGUGCCUUAAGUGCAUGUGCUAAUCUUGCUGCAUUACAACUAGGCAAACAACUUCACGAAUACAUUCUGAAGAGCGGUUAUAUGAAUGAUUUAUUUGUCAAUAAUGCCCUGAUUAGUAUGUAUGCGAAAUGUGGUAGGGUACAAAAUGCUGAACAAGUGUUUAGAGACAUUGAAUGUGUUGAUCUUAUUUCCUGGAAUUCCUUGAUUUCAGGAUAUGCAUUGAAUGGAUGUGCAAAUAAGUCAUUUGAGGCUUUCAGACAAAUGUUAUCAGAGGGAGCGAUUCCUGAUGAGGUUACUUUUAUUGGGAUUUUGUCAGCAUGUAGUCAUGUUGGCUUAGCAAACGAGGGUUUGGUCUUUUUUAAAUGUAUGAUUGAAGAUUUUGCUAUUGAACCCUUGGCUGAACACUACAGCUGCCUUGUUGACUUGUUUGGUCGCAUGGGUAGACUAGAUGAAGCAUUCAAUAUUGUAAGGGAGAUGAAGGUGAAACCAAAUGCUGGAUUAUGGGGUUCAUUGCUUUGGGCUUGUCGUGUACACAGAAACCUGGAACUUGGCAUAUUUGCCGCGGAGAAACUUUUUGAACUCGAACCUGAUAAUACCUCCAAUUACAUUACCUUGUCAAACAUGCAUGCUGAGGCUGGUAGAUGGAAAGAGGUUGAAAGAUUAAGGAUGCUGAUGAGAGAGAAAAAAGCUGGAAAGCAAUCUGGUUGCAGCUGGAUAGAAGUGCAAAAUCAGAUAAAACAUUUUCUGUCGCAUGAUCUAGCAAAACAGAGACCUGAAAAUAUUCAGAUUAUAUUGAAUACUUUAGCCGCACACAUGAGAGAUAAAUGUAACAUAUCUGACAUGGAAUCAGUUUAUGACAUUUUAUGA